UAGAAUAGAACCCACACACGCAUAUAUGACUGUACAUGUUUAUGUGGCUUGGACCACAUUAUCGCCUGCAUGGAGUGAGAGUAGGCCAAGACUCAUAAUUCUGAGUAAGAAUGAGCUCUAGAGAAGCAAGAAAUCUGCAGCAGAGCCAAACAAGCGAGGAGCAUGAUGUCUUUGUAGAAAAGAUCAUGGGUAAAAGGAAAAAGACCCGGCCAGUUGAAAAAAAAAUGAGAGACAGUCAUCAAAGAGUAAGGAGAAAGUGGUGGAGACGAGAGGAGAGACAAGCCAGGCUAAAGGAAAGGGGACGAGGAAGGAAAAACAAGGAAAGAAAGGAAAGACCCAACUUUCCAAGUGCAGUGAUAAUGCCAGUAAGGAGAGGCUGUAUCAAGCUGAGCUGGAAGACCUAUGAGCUUUCAUACAAAGCAGCACAAAGGAGGCUGGAAUCAGCAUGGGCAAAGUUUACCAGGUUGCAGCUGACACAGCAGAAAGUGACGAAGAGGCCUUCUUGGACAUUGCUGUGGCUGAAGCGAGAAAGAUGGCCCCAGCAUGCCUGGCAGCUGUAAUGGAGGGAAAAAGCACAGCAGAGUCAGGAAAGGAGGAGACAGCAAAGACAGGGCAGUUGACAAACAAGGGAAAAACAAGGCUUGUGGCAGAAGAGGAACUGGAGGUGACUGGGCAGGACAGUGAAGAGGAGGAUCUGGAUGAGUGGGUGCAGGAGAGAGGAGACGAGGCAGACCUGGGGGAGUCAGAGGAGGAGAAUAGAGUGGAGGAAGAGUUAGAGGAGACAGGGGAAGAGAUGGAUAUCAGAGAAGAGAUGGAUGAAAAUGCUCUGCCAGGCCCAUCUGCCACCCAUGCCUCAGCAUCAAAGAGGAAAUUUGGUGGUAGGAAGAAGAAAAAGUCCAAAGAGCUGCCUCCUGACUCAGAUGAUGACCCUGAUCCACCCUCGGUGUAUCAGCCUGACAUUCUCCCGAUGAAUAGGGAUGGACAAGGAGCCUUGAAGACAUCAGAGUGAGGAGCUUCAAGGGCAAAAAGCCAAGUGGGCCAAGCUUCAGGAAGAAGAGGUCCCCUUUAGAGUAGUUCUGCAAGUUCUUUCCUCUGUCCCUGUUUCUUUCUAUUGUCAGGUGGACCAAUCUAUGCUUGAAAUCUGCUAAAAAAAGUCCCAACAACUCUGCAGGAAGUAAAGGCAUGGUUUAGAUUGCAUCUGCAGAUGGGCUUUGUGAAAGUCAGUAGUUACAAGGAUUACUGGCCAUCCCACACAGGUCUGGGAAACCAUCUCAUUUCAACCACCAUGAAGCGGAGCAGGUUUGAUGUGCUUAGCCAGUACUUGUGCAGCAACAACCCUGCCAAGGACCCUCAAUUGAUCCGAGACAAGGCCCACCGCUAUCAGAAAAUCCAGGGCCAUCCCCUGUCCCCUGUCCAGCCCUUGUGAGACAAGAUGAUGGAGUGUUGCCACUGGAGGUACCAACCGCGAAAAGAGCUCACAAUUGAUGAGGCCAUGGUUAAGUACAGAGGCUUUAAGGUCGUUGUGAGGAAAUUUUUUAUGCCUCUGAAGCCCAUUAGAGCUGGAUUCAAGAUCUACGCCAUCGCUGAGGCAGCCACAGGCUACAUCCUCAACUUCACCAUACACCCUCUGGUCGAGCAGCGUGUUAAGAUGUCAGAUAUUGGCCUGUCCUUCGCCAAAUAACAUCUUGGCUUAUAUCAUCCCAUCUUUACGGACAAACUGUACACUCCCGUAAAUCUUGCGCGCUCCCUUCUGGCCAAGAAGAGGUACCUGACUGGCGCAAUAAAGAGAAAUAGCAAAGGUCUCCCCAGGGACUUCUCCGCCGAGUACAACAAGGCCAAACUGAAAGGAUGGCCCUUUGCUGGCGUGGUACCUUCUACACGUGCCAGAAUGGGCAGCUGACAGGUAUAUGUAUUUGUCAAAAUGCUACUAUUAUGAAUGUGUAUGCACUAAAUGAAAGGAGUUGGAACUGAAUGCUUUGCAUUGCAGGGCUCCUACUGUUUCGGUUGUAAAAAUGCAGUUCUUUGCCCCGUUCACACUUUGAAAAGUUCACAAGUGACUUGCCAUUUAUGUACAGCAUGUUUUGUGUAGUGUUAAUAAAAUGCACACGAGGUUUAUACGAUGUACACGUACGUAUGUAACCAGGGCUUCAGUUAGCGUGCGUACACUUGUAUUGGCAUAUUUUACGCAAUGAAAAUGGAGAAUACGAAAAUAACUUCACGUAAAAAAUGUAAAAAAAAGCAUUCAUUUUGACCUUCAAUACUUUAAAAAUGCUACGUUUUUUACUGUAGGAUGUCAAAUACGUUGUAAAGGCAACUGUUUAGCCGUAUCAUGCCACUCAAUCAUGCCGGUACUUCGUCCUCACUGCUUGAUGGCAAGCCUUCCACUCGCUCAACCAAGCGCUCGUUCGAUGUCGCUCGGUGGAAAAGCACAGCAACCUGCACGAUGUCUCACUAUAGCACGCGUCUACAUGUACAAUACAAUUGUGCAGUACAGUGUGCUGCAGUUGAACGGAAUGCAGUUGUUCAUGUAAAUGGCACCUGCGUGGUGUGCACUUCGGAUUCGAUUACAUCAAAUCGGUACCGAUUGCAAUAUUGUUACAGCUUGCAUGUAGCACAGCCCAACAAUGUGAGGUGUAUGGCAUUAUAGCAGAUGAGAGUACAGACAUUGCGGUCCAUAAGAGACUUGUUCUGUACAUAAGAUAUGUGAGAAAUCAGAAAUGGCAAAAUGGAAACCAGUAUGCUAUGCAAUGUUAGGAUUGCAGAUGGAACAGCAGAGACUAUUGUGUCUGAAGUCAAGCAAAAGAUUCAAAGUCUUUAAUAGCCUGAACCUAAAGCAACUUCUGGGCUUAGGUAGUGAUGGUGCAAGUGUCAUGACAGGUAUUCACAAUGGUGUUGGAGUGAAACUUCAUGGCCUUGCACCUGCCCUUGUACAUGUGCACCGCCUGGCCCAUAGGCUUGCUUUUGCUUGUUCUGAUGCUGCUAAGAAGUUUGACUUCCUCAAAGUAUUCAGGAGUGACAUAAAUACUCUGUAUUAUCACUUUGCUUCAUCAGCUGUGCGACAUUCAAAACUAGAGGCAAUCCAAAAGGUGCUUGGUGAGUUGAACCUCAAAUUGAAGGAGUCAAUAAAUGUAACAUGGCUUUCGAUGGUUAAUGCAGUGAAUGUAAUUCACACGUUACAAGUCUAUCAUGGUCACCCUCAGUGAUGAUGUUGUCCGUAACCAAAAUGGUCUGCACAAAUUCAUGAAAAUGUACAAAUUUUGUGCUACAUUGGCAUUCUUAUGUAACAUAUUAGAUGUGGUAGGGGACUUGUGUAGGUUCAUGCAAGGUCGAGAACUGCUAAACAUGUAUAUUGACUUGCUGCCCAAAGUGCAGGCUUGCCUAAGUUCAGAAUGUGAAGGACAGCUUGGAACUUGUUGGCAACAAGUUUAGCUGUUUAUUGGACCCUGAUGUACUUAAGCAAGACUUUUCAAAGGCAAAAGGAAUGAUGAAAGGUGCCCAUAGUAUUCCGAGUUCUGGGCAGUUCAACAGAUACUCUUGAAACAUACAAGACCUCGUGCAAUUUUGCAUUCUUGGCAAAAUUGUUUUGACCAUUCCUCUCACUUCUGUUGACUGUGAACGAGGCUUUAGCGGCCAAAAUAGACUAAAAUCAAAGCUACGUGUACAUAGCAGCCUCUCAGCUGAGUUCCUAGAGAUGCUAAUGAAACUUAGCAUGCACAGUGGAUCAGGACCGUAUAACCUCACAACCAACAUUCCCUUUGCACAGAGUCAUCCAAAACUGGAAGGCAGAAAAGAGCAGGCGUCUCAAGUAGCUUUUUAAGCCCCAUGCUCAAUGUCAGACUGGUUCAACCUCCAAGAGAUUUAUGCCAGAAGAAUUGCUGCAGGAGUUAGUGGCCCUUCAAGUUCCUCAGAGAGCUGGUCUAGGAAACUGUAAUAAGUUUCAGUCAUGAAGUAGACUUGUACUUUAGUUUUGUAGUCUUUUACUAGGGAACUGGUCAAGGAAACUCAUAUAAAGUUGCAGUCAUUAAGUUGUACACCAGCAAACUAAAUAAAGAAGAAUUAGAAACUGUAUGUUAAAGAGGGAUUGCUGAAAAAUAUGAUGUAAUACCAUUGCUUCCCAUUUCAGUUCAGAUUUUAAUUUCCAUUUGAUUUGUUAUUAUUGGUACCAUUUAUAACAAUACAUGUUGUUCAAAUACACACUUUAAGCAUCAGUGAUCACCAUCAUCCAUACUUAAAAUGCAAAGCCUACAAGAUAUAAUGUACAUGUAAGUGUAUGGUAGUAUGGUGGCAAAGUUGAAAAAUAAAAUGUAUGCAUUAUGUAUUAUCCAUGUUGAAGGCCAAUAGUACUGGUGUAAGCAGACACAUACAUGUACCUGCAUACUUUAGUUCUGUUAAUUCUAUGCAGCAGCAGCUUACAGUUUAUAUGCAUGAGAAAUAAAAGUGAAAGUCAGAUGUCCGCAACAAAGUCUGUGCCUUGCAAUUUUAACCUCAAUCUGGGCCUGCAGAUAGGGACACAAGCAUUACAUAACUUGUUUUAUGUUUAAGAUGACAAUGUAAACCAAAUCUCAUGUACUGAGUUCGAUUUCAUAAUCAUUCAUUAAAAGACAUAAAAAUACUCCUUGCUUUCACUCCAGGAAGUGAAAUACUUCCAGAUUUCUUACCUCAGAAGUUGCAAAUACUCCUUUUUACAAAAGAAGUGAGUAUAAUACUCCUUUGUCUAAAAAGUUAAUGAAAGCUCUGUGAAACAUUUGGUAGCAAAGGUUGAGCUUGUAGUGAAACUAAAGCUUUUCUUUUUCAUGGAUCGUU